GACUCGUGCCAACGGCCGAACCAACUUAGCCACAGGCCACAACACAGCCCACAGCCCACAUUGUGGAGGCAGCGGCGGAGCCUUCGCCGGAGGAACUGGGGCCACCGAGGUAGUUGGUGGUGGGAGCCUGGGAGGGCUUGCAAGGGGCGAAGGAGGUCGACGCAGUCUACAAGGUCGUCGGGGAGAGGGAGAUCGACGUCCUCGCGGCCCGGUGUUGCCGCUGCCUGGUCGCCUCGUCGGUAGCACCAAGCGCCACCUAGUUAUACUAUAAAACCAAACUUGUUUGCGCCUUUGGAAUGUGCACACCCAUGGGAAUUUUUCUUGAUGGUCCACUGCUGACAUGCACAGACAUCUCUUCUACCUCUGCCAAUUCAAAGGCCAUGCUGUUAUACCAGCAGUAGCUGCAACGAUUCAACUAGUUGUGGCAAAUUUCGGCACAUCCCCAACACUCGAGAUAUCAAGAAAGCAAAGGUGUGCUAACCUUCAAAAUGCAUUGAGAAUUUUGGACCUUGUACCAUCCAAGCAUCAUCAUGACCAAGAGGAAGUUCCGUCACAUCACCGCCUUAUCAAUGGCUGUAUGGGUGACAUCUCGGGAGUCCAAUCAAGACUGCACACUAUGCGUAGGGGUAAAGAGAGCUUUGCUAACUCAAACUCAAAUCAAGCACAGCCUAAACACGGUAACAUUGUCUCAAAUAAUACCUCGGUUUGCCCCUCCAUAACUAGACUCACAAAGGAAGACAUGUUUAUGCAAAUUGUGGAGUUACAUAGGAGGGGACAAAUCAGUUCAGAUGCAUCCAUUUUGGCAUCUGCACUGAGUUACUGUGCUGAUGAGAAAACUCUUACCACAGGUGUACAGUUCCAUGCUCAACUAGUGAAAGUAGGAUAUGUCUCAUCUAUCCCCAUUGGCAGCUCGCUGAUCAGUUUUUAUUCACGAUGCAGCCAAUUGGAAAUUGCUCAUCGGAUUUUCCAAAAUAUGACAGCAAAAAGUACUGUGACAUGGACAGCAUUAAUUUCUGGUUAUGCCCAAGAUAAUCAGGUCGAACCAUGUCUCCAUUUAUUUGCACUGAUGAGGCAGUCUGUGUGCAAGCCAAAUGACAUCACAUUUGCAACUAUCUUGAGUGUCUGCACUAAUCAUGCAUUUCUUGUACUUGGUAAAAGUGUGCAAGCCCUACAAAUGAGAAUGGGUUUUGGUUCCUAUGUGCAUGUGUCCAAUGCAUUGAUAUCAAUGUAUGCAAAAUGCGGGAGCAUUGGUGAAGCACGAGCUGUAUUUGAGAGCAUUACAUGCAAAGACCUGGUCUCUUGGAACUCCUUGAUCUUUGGAUAUUCACAGCAUGGCCUUGCUGAGCAUUGCCUAUACUUGCUAAGAGAAAUGGAAGGACAUAUAAUACCGGAUGCAAUCUCCUUCCUAGGUGUGCUCUCAUCAUGCCGGCAUGCAUGCCUUGUGGCAGAGGGCCGACGCUGCUUCAGGGCAAUGAUUGAACAUGGAGUAAUACCAGAGAUAGAUCACUACUCAUGUAUGGUUGAUCUUUUUGGCCGUGCAGGACUGCUUGAUGAAGCAUGGGAUCUGAUCCAGACGAUGCCCAUGCCUCCAAAUGGUGUCAUAUGGGGCUCCCUGCUAGCUUCCUGUAGGCUGCAUGGGAGCAUUUCGAUCGGCAUACAAGCUGCAGAGCACCGUCUAAAGCUGGAACCAAGUUGUGCUGCAACUCAUGUCCAGCUAGCGAAUUUGUAUGGGAGCAUUGGGUGCUGGGAUGAUGUGGCAAGAGUGAGGAAAGUGAUGAAGGAGAGAGGGCUGAAAACAAAUAUCGGGUGCAGUUGGAUAGAAGUUGGCAAUAAAGUUUAUACAUUUACAGCAGAAAACAGAUCAAAGAACCAGGUAAACAAUGUCCUAGUUGUUCUCGAUUGCUUGCAGUCACAUAUGGAUCACAAGUAUGAUAUACUGAUUGAGGGUCUGGAUUGGGAUGAUCCUGAACAUAUAAAGUUGAGUUUAAACAAUAUAUAAAUUUGAAGAUCAUUGCCCGCCAUGUUCAGCUUCAUUUGAAGAGGCACUCAAUAGGAAUUGACAUGUGUCAUUCACACCUCAAAUAUCUUCAAUCUCGAUGUAACAUGUAAGUUUAACACCUGUGUUUGAGCAUUUGAAAAGAUUUGGUUUGCUCAGUUUACUUUCAUCUGAGCUACUGCUGAUAUCCAUAUUCAUUUUGUACUAAAUAUAUUUUUCACAAUUGAAACCUCUGUAUACAAGAAUGCAUGUUCAAUCUCUUGAGUAAUGUGCAGUUCUGCAUGGAAGAUGAUGGGCAAU